ACUCUUGUCUUUCCACUUUAUUUCAACCAACAAUCCGUACAAAAUGAAUUACAAGUUCAUUAUCGUUGAUACACUUCAGAAGAUUAUCAUGCUCGUCUUCCUUAUGGUGUGGACGAAUUUUACUAGGAACGAAGCUUAGAGUGGAUGAUAACCAUUUUCUCACUCUCUACUCUGCCCAAUACUCUGGUCAUGGGCAUUCCACUGUUGAUCGCCAUGUACGGCCAAGACUCCGGCAGCCUUAUGGUCCAGGUGGCGGUUCUCCAAUGCAUCAUCUGGUACACUCUGCUUCUUUUUCUCUUCGAGUACCGUGGUGCCAAGAUCCUAAUCAUGGAGCAGUUCUUGGAGACUGACGCCUCGAUUGUCUCCUUCAAGGUGGAUUCCGACGUUGUCUCACUCCAUAGAUGGGAAUUUCUGGAAACCGACGCUGAAAUUGUAGAAGACGGGGAGCUUCACGUCACUUUGUGGAAAUCAAACGCUUCUCGUUGCUCCUUCGCAAUGACGCCAUGGCCAUCCAAUCUUACCGGUGUUGAGAUAUACAGCUUAAGCUCAUCCCGGAAUCCAAUGCCCAGAGGUUCGAAUUUCAACCAUUCUGAUUUCUAUCCCAUGAUGGGAAUUCAGGGGUUUCGAGGAAGACAGUCCAACUUUGGUCCGGCCGAUUUAUACCCUGUUCAAUCAUCAAGAGGGUCGACUCCGAGACCCUCAAAAUUUGAAGAAAAUUGUAUAGCAAUGUCUCCGAGGUUCGGGUUUUACACUAGAUAUCCUCAAAAUAUGGACGAAGAGGGAAAGAAGACGAUAAAAGCUAGCAGAAGUGAGUUGAGAGGUUUAUUUACCGUGAAGUGGGUUGAGGGGUGAUUUGCAUGUUUUGCCGUCAUUUUAUUUGGAAUUUUCCUUCUUUAAUAAGAGGACUUUUAACUU